AUGGACAUUCAUCGCUGCCGCUUCGUUCCCUACCCUGCCUCCGCAAUCAACGCCGUUGCCUUCUCCCACCCUCAUCUGUCGACCUCCAAGAAGUCAAAUAAAACUGCUCCCGCACGUCUUGCUAUCGGCAGGGCAAAUGGAGAUAUCGAGAUCUGGAACCCUCUCAACGGCGCCUGGCACCAAGAGACGGUGAUCCACGGUGGAAAGGACCGGAGUGUGGACGGCCUGGUAUGGACGAGCGCUGAAGAUGAGGAAUUGGCUGAUGGGAAGAUCAUCCACGGAAAAUCGAGACUCUUCAGUAUCGGCUAUACCUCUACGGUUACAGAAUGGGACCUGGUCAAUGCCCGAGCAAAGAAGCAUGCGAGCGGUCAGCACGGCGACAUCUGGUGCCUGGGCGCUCAGCCUCUGGCACCUGGAGGACAGGCUACACAGAGGCUGGUUGCAGGGACGAUUGAUGGUGCACUGGUACUCUACUCGACCGAGGACGACGACCUGCGCUUCCAACGUAUCCUCACGCGCCAGGUGAAAAAGGUCAAGAUCGUCAGCAUCGCUUUCCAGUCGAGGCACGUCGCUGUGGUCGGGUGCUCCGACAGCACCAUCCGCACCUUUGAUCUCCGAAACGGAACGAUACUUAGGCAGAUGACCCUGGGUCGCGACCUUGCGGGUGGCUCGAAAGAUAUCAUUGUCUGGUCGGUCAAGUGCCUGAGCAACGGUGAUAUUGUCUCGGGCGAUUCGACUGGGCAGAUCUGUAUCUGGGACGGAAAGACUUACACCCAGGCACAACGCAUUCAAAGUCACACGCAAGAUGUCCUUAGCUUGGCUACGAGUUCCGACGGCUCGGCCAUCAUCAGUGGUGGAAUGGACCGAAGAACUGUGCUCUAUCGCCAAAGUCCUGGUCAAGCGUCGCGAUGGGCUAAGGUUUGGCAUAGGAAGUACCACAGCCAUGAUGUCAAGACUAUGGCUUCAUUUGAGGGCCAGGGUAUGAGCGUUGUUGUUACUGGAGGUGUGUGCUAUUGGAAACAGUAUCCUCUUUUUGAUAUAGAGCUCAAGCUGACAAACCUUACAGGGCCGGAUGCUAGCCCCAUCGUAGUUCCUCUGCGUAAGGCAGGCAUGGAGCAUCAUCGAAACCUUUCCCAUCUUCCUCAGUCGGUCCCUCUGCGCAGUGCACCAAAGGUGCGGCUGCUUAUCGGGUGGUGGGACAGAGAGGUUCACAUUUGGAAGCUGAGGAAGCCGAUGCGCGAUCUUCUAGACGGCAGCAAUGCUGCGGAAGCCGAUGUCGAGAAGAACCGCAAGCUUCUGGGCCGUGUUCUGAUCAAGGGCGAGUCCAACAUCACCUCAGCCUCAAUCAGCCACGAUGGGUCCAUCUUGGUUGUGGCUACCGUCUCGGAGAUUAAAGCUUUCAAGCUGAGCUUACAGGAUGGCCCUGACCAAGAAAAGCUGAGCAUUACGAAGAUACAAGUCCCGUCGCAACUGGCAUCGAAAGGAGCAACCAGCGUUGCGAUCUCGCCGGACGGGCUUUGGAUCUGCCUGGUCCAGCAUGGCGGCAGAGUGGUCAUGGCGAGAGCCUUGAGGGACACGUCAUCGGGAGGUGUCGGACUCGCCAUCCACUCGAGAUCCCACGAGCUACGACGGAUCAAGCGCACAGUUACCAAGAACCUUCUUCUUGGCGGCCUCGGACCUUACGAUAGGCAUAUUACACAAGUCGCCUUCUCCGCUGACAGUAGGAUGCUGGCAGUAGCUGAUCUGGCCGGCUACAUCGACACUUGGAUCCUGCACGGCCCCGCAGACAACCUGCAGAACGGUGUGUCUGCGGGAGAUGAUGACGACGACGGCUCAGCUUCGUCAUCCUCGUCUUCGGACGAGUCGUCAGACGAGGAGGACGACGAUUCGGAGGAUCUAGGCUACAGAUGGGUGCGCAACCCCAAAGCGUCACUCAUGCCGAAGCUCUCAGCUGCCCCCGUGGUGCUCUCCUUCUCGAAUGACUGCCCAGAGACGUCCGGCCGGGAUGCUGAAAAAAGUCAGGAUUACGUGCUUUUGACUGUGACUACUGCCGGCAGCAUCUUCACUUUCCACCCGCUGCAGGGCAAGCUCACGCCGUGGUCUCGUCGUGCGCCUGCGGCGAGGCUCCCGGAGCAGUAUCAGAACAUACGUGAUCUGGUCAAGGGCGUCCUGUGGCAAGGCCCUCGGAUCUGGAUCUACGGCGUAUCCUUUCUCUUCAUGAUCGACACCUCCAUCGAGACUUCUGCCAAGGAGAUGGCGGUUAUCGUCGCCUCUGAGCAGAGCCAAGGCGUCAAACGUAAGCGUGGGCUCGAGACUGGUGCUGGCGGUAAGAUGGACCGUCACGCCGUCGGACUGCAGCAGAUCAAGGUCAGCAAAGGCGAGGGGCCCAACAAGGAGUGGGUCGACGUCGAGAUGGUGGAUGCAGACGACCUGCAGAGCAGCGGUCAGGACGACGACGAGGACACGGACGGCGGCGAGCUCCAGCUGCUGCGGGACGAGCAGGAUCAGGGCGACGCUAAGGAGGGCGGCGGUCAGGAUCGGCGGAAGCGCUGGUGGCAUACCUUCAAGUACAGGCCGAUACUGGGCGUGGUACCUCUCGAGAGCGGGCAGAGCGGCGUGACGAAUGGCGUCGCCUCCUCUUCAGAGCCGGGAGACGACAGGUACCCGCCCCUCGAGGUGGUGCUCGUCGAGCGGCCGAUCUGGGAUGCUGACCUGCCUGCGCGAUUUGCGGGCGAGGACGACUGGAACAGGUGA